AUGGACGGAACGAAGAAUGUGAACUCGGGACCGACAUACGCACCGCUUGAUCAUGAUAGAGGCAGUGAAAGCGACAGUGAGGCACUUUCUCCCGAAAAUGAGGGAUUUCUAAGGCAGAAAAGGAGGUCAACGGAUAGGCAAAGGAUGUGGACGAUUUCCGCCCGAACCUGCACAAUCUUGAAUGUCUGCUUCUCCAUUUUCCUUCUCGGCCUAUGGGCGUCGAUAUAUCGACCGAGGAAUUGUGGAAUACCCGAUCCUCCAUACUCGCCAAUAUGGGAAGAUGGGGCAGUUAAGCCGCAGAAGAUAUUCCAGUCCGAAACAUCUGACGAAGUAGAACGGGCUUGGAAUGCUAGUAUGGGACCCAGCGAGGGAACCGUGGUGAUAUCAAAGGAAAGGGCCGCAAAGCUCCCAGAGACAGUGGAAGCCUGGUUUAAACCAGGGCACUAUGUAUAUGGUGUGUCUGUAUUUCAUCAGCUCCAUUGCCUAAAUCGGAUACGCAAGACCUUUUAUGCGGAUAAGUUCUUUGCACACGAGUCCGAGGAAGUGAUCACUUUUCAUAAAAAUCAUUGCUUCGAUCUCCUUCGUCAAACAAUAAUGUGUAACGGCGAUGCGUCAUUGGUACAUUGGUGGAACGAGAAUUACACGUACAUAGACAACACCGGGCAGAAGCAGUACUCACAGGAAUACCUGUCCAUGUCACCGAAGGAACGGGCAACAAAUUCUUUUAUAACAUGGGAUGUAAAAACCAGAUGUCAUGAUAUUGACGCGAUAACUGAAUGGACGCGAAAGCAUCAAGCCGGCACAGAUUAG